AUGAGUGGUGGUGGCGAGAGCGUGCUGUUGCUGACUGUGCAGUCGAGCGAGUCGCCGCAGCAUUCGAGACGAUCGAGCUUGUCGGCGAAUAUGAUGCUGUCGCUGUCUGGGGGUGCGGGUGGGACAGUGGCGGGGACGGGUGGGACGCCAGGGGGAAAUCGAAGCCGAGGGUCGUUGCCGGGAGCACGGACUCGGGGAGGGGGACUGGGGGGCGCGGAAGGACUAGUGGUAGCGCUGAGCGGGAUGGCGGACAAAGGAGGCCCGGUCCUCGAUCUGUCCGUCCGGAGCGUUAAUAUGUCGCUAUCUACUCUUCCUGACCGCCCUCCUGUACUUGUUCUCGCCCCGCUCGAGGCCCACGACACUCUUUUUACUCCCUCUGCUAUUUGCUUCGUUCCCCCGAUGGGCUCUGCCUGGUCUGCCCCCGACCCAAAGCCGGCUGCCCCGCGGCGUCCGAGGCCGGUGUCCAGCAUCGAGCUAUCUGGCAAUGCGAGCGCUGCUGCCGUCGAGCGUGUCAUCGCCCACGUAAAACGAGUGGUCUAUGAGCUAUCGGGCACUGGGAUUCCUGUAGUGGCCUACACUCCCUCGACCGCCGAGCUCCCGCCGCAAAUCCGCAACGCAGUCGAGGCAUUGGGCUGCACCGAAAUACUCAAGCCGCCGUUUACACCCGAUUCUGUCCGCCACUCGUUGACAAAGGUGCGCCCGUGGCCCAAUGCGCGGUCCACACAGCAACCAGGUUUGACCAAGCCCUCCGACUCUAUAUCUCCACGCAUGUCUUUGCAUUCCUCUAAACCUUCUCUGUCUCUCGCAUCCCUGCCUGCUGCCUCUACAUCAUAUCAACCUCCGCCCGAGAGUUCAAUUUCCCAUAUGAAUUCCCUCCCUUCGCUCGCUCCUCUUGUUCCACCCCCACCGCAUCUAGGUGCCCGAGCCAGUUAUUCUUGUCCUCAUAUCUAUGCGCCUGCUCUGCCCCCCUGUGUUCGUCGCCGAAGUGUCGAUGUUGGUGGUCUGGCCCUAGCCCUCAGCGGUGUCGCCGGUCACGGUGGAGGAUGGGGUGGUUGGGCCGGCGCAGAAGAAGAGCUCUCACUCGGUGUACCUUCUGCAAAGGCCAAGGGAAAGGCCAAAGCGGAUAGCCCUACUUCCAAAAUCCCAAUCCAAAGCGAUGCCAUGUACGCCGAGCUAUUGUCCCAGAUGUAUACCCAAACCGGAGCUGCAGUUGAAGGUGCAACUUCCGACGCUUCGCCCCCUCAUGCGUCCCCAUACCCACUCGGCCGUCCGCACUCGGCCUCGGAUCCUCACAUUCCCUUUGCCUACUCUGUCGAUGACCCACCCCAAGCAAACGGCACACCCCCAACCUACACAUCCCCAACUCCUGAUCCUGCCCACCGCGAAUACCUCAUCUCUCUCCUUGACCGAUGGGAAUUCGAACCCCACAAGCUGUCAGACGAGGACGUCCUUGCUUGCGCGGGGUUAUUGUUCGAAGCUGCGUUUCAAAUUGAUGGUUUGCAGGAGGAUGUGGGCGUCUGUUAUGACCAAAUUCCCCCGUUCCUGCGAGCGGUGCGAAAGAUCUAUCGGACUCAAAAUCAGUAUCACAAUUUCCAACAUGCGCUAGAUGUGUUUCAGGCUGUGUACUGGUUCUUGUGUCGGGCAGGUGUCGUCCCGCCAGUUCAGAUCCUGUCCAAGGCGAACAAGGGUGCCUCAAGUUCAAAGUUUGUAAACGCCGGGGUUGGGUCGGGUCAAAUGGGCGCGAGUGGUAAGUGGCGGAGGGCCAAGACCCAGGGACGGAUCGGUAUACUUCGGAACGUGGACGUCUUUGCGUUGUUAUUAGCCGCUGUAGGGCAUGAUGUUGGCCACCCGGGGUUGAGUAACGCGUUUAUGACAAAUGCGGACACACCUCUCUCACGCGUAUUCGAUCACAAAUCAUCCCUCGAACAACUCCACUGCGCGCUUCUCCUCCGACUUAUGCACAAGUACGGCAUGGGCCACCUGCUCGGAACCCGUCCCUCGCUCCCGACCAAAACCCCAAGCGGGGGCAAAGCCGGGCUCGUCUCGUACGCUUCUUCACCCGGUCUCAAUGCGACGUACCAACAGCAGCAAAAGUCGUCCAACGAGUCCGGCCUCAGGCAGCCGCAUGGCUUCAGGUGGCUGCUCGUUCAAACGGUUCUCGCGACGGACAUGAGCGUCCAUUUCGACUGGAUCAAGCGGUUCAAGGAGUACGCCUCGUCUGAUUCGACCGGAGGACUGAGAAAGGUCCCCGAGGACGAAGAGCGGUUAAUGAUUUGUCAGGCGCUGAUCAAGUGCGGUGAUAUUUCCAACCCUACUCGUCCUCAUGGAGUGUCCGAACACUGGUCUCGGGUCUUGCUCGAAGAAUGGGCGUGCCAAGCGACGUUUGAGCAAGAGCUGGAUUUGCCCAUCACGGUCGUCAAUGUAGAUAUCGCCAACGGGGCCAAACAGCAAGCUCAAGGCCAAGUCAACUUUAUUGACAUUUUCACCCAACCGUUGUUUGAUGCUACGGCGGAUGUGAUUCCUCAACUGAGCCCCAUAAAAGAGCAAUGUGCCACGAACCGCAAGCUCUGGCAGGCGCGCAUGGAUUCUCUUCCCCAAGCACGCGUACCACCCGCCCGAGCCCGCACUCCAUCCUCGAAUGAAGCGCACUACAGGAGCAUAUUCCCACUCACCGUUCCCCCCAUGCUCUCUCAUCACUCGCACCAACAGCAGCAUCAACCCACCCGUCCGUCCUCGUCUGGAUCCACAUCUACUGGUCUAUUCUCCCCCACGGGAAGCACGAGCAGCGCGACGACCAACACCGCGAGCGCGAGUAAAGAGCCGAGCGCGGUGCGAGCAGCCUAUCACGCAAGCGUGAGGAAAAAGAAAAGUUUCCAUCAUGUGAGCUGGAAUGCACACAGUACAAACGUCCCGGUUCCGCCUAUGCCCUCACCUCGCGGAGGGAUGUAA